CUUGAUUUGAAAAACACCUCGAUAGACGUAUCAGAAUUAGCCAUGCCUGGGGAAAUAAUAACGUUACAGGCUGGACAAUGUGGGAAUCAAGUUGGUAUUCAAUAUUGGAAUCAAUUGGCAAAUGAACACGAAAUACUCUCUGAUGGGACCCCAUUAUCCUAUUCCAAUGAAGACUUACAGUUUGAGACUAGGGAAAAUCAGUCACAGAAGUCUAAUAUUAGAUCAGAUAGGCCAGACUUGUUCUUCACAUUAUCAGAUGAUAAUAAAUAUACACCCAGACUGAUAAUGAUAGAUUUAGAGCCUUCUGUCAUAACAAAAGCCACUAGUGCCCUACCAAUGCUAAACCCUAGGAACAUACAUCUAAGUGAGAACGGAGGAGGGGCUGCAAAUAAUUGGCAACAUGGAUACCUGUAUGGAUUGAAUCACCAAGAAGAUUUGACAAAUCUAAUUGACCGAGAAUUGGAUAAGUGUGAGAACCUAUCAACUUUCCAGCUAUUUCACAGUGUUGCUGGUGGUACUGGGUCAGGGGUUGGAAGUUUAUUAUUGGAAUUAUUAAAUGAUCGAUACGGAUCUAAAAAAAUCAUUAACACAUUUCUGAUAUUUCCAUCAAAUGAAAAAACUUCUGAUGUCGUUGUGCAACCUUAUAAUACCAUGUUAACUUUGAAAAGGCUCAUUGAUUUCAGUGAUUGUACUUUUGUUUUUGAAAAUGAUUCUUUAAACUCAAUUGAAAAUUCAAUAUUUGGCAGUAGUAAUAAACUUAGCCGAAAUAGUGCAUUUGAAGGAACCAAUAAACUUAUUUCACAUAUAGCAACAUCAAUAUCAAACCCUUUCCGAUUCCCGAGCUAUAUGUAUAGUUCCAAUGAAUCAAUUAUAUCGACAUUAGUACCAACACCUGAAUUAAAAUUUUUAUCCACUUCCGUUGCACCAAUAACAAAUAUUCUUCAAAAACAAAACACUUCAUUUACAAGUGGUAUAGGAAACGCCAAUUUAAAUGAAUAUGAUAUAAUUUUAGAAUUAUUAAAUGAUAAGUGUAAAAUGAAUAGAGUGAAUGAUCCAGUAUCAUAUAUUUCAAUGAUGAAUUAUUUAAUAGGUAAUAAUCUAAAUCAAUCAGAAAUUAGAAAAGGUUUAAUUCGGGCAUCAUCAAGAGUUAAUUUUGUUCCCUGGACUUCUGCAUCAAUUCAUUUAGUUAAUGGUAGGCCUCCUCAUAUAUCUACUACAAACAAUAAGAAAAAUCUACACGGAAUUCAAAUAUCAAAUAACACUUCCAUAGUUCAUGUCUUCAGUAAGAUCGUUAAACAAUAUGAUUUAUUGGCUAAAAGAGCUGCGUAUAUUAAUUACUACACUGAAAGUAAUGAUCAUGAAGAAAGACUGAGAGUUAUGGAAAUGUUUAAUGAAUGUCGUGAAAGUGUUGUUAAUGUCAUCGAGGAAUAUAAAUCUUGUACCUCCUUAAAUUACCUAGAAGAUGGCUUAUUAGAAGACGAAGAUGAAGAUAUUGUAUAA